GGCGAGGAGGAGUAGGAGGAGGAGGUGAUCCGCGAUGAUGCCGCUGCUCGGGUCCGAGAUGCAGCUCCUCGCUUCGGGAGCGCAUCCCAGCGCGCUGGCCGGCGCCUCGCCGCUCGCCCUCGCCCCGCAGCCCGUGUGGCGAGUCGUGGUCUGGGAGUGGCUGGACGAUCAGCAGCCAUCCCCGCUCGGCGCGCCGACGACGCAGCCGACGCCGCAGCCGCCGCCGCAGCAGCAGCCGCAUAACGGACAGCAGCAGCAGACGACGACGACGCAUCAACAAUCGCAAGCGUCAACACAGCAGCAACAGCAGCUGCAGCAGCAACAGCAGCUGCAGCAGCAACAGCAGCAGCAGCCGGCUACGGUGUGGCGAGCAUACAGCGCAGCGGUGUGUCACCACAUCGAGACGGUUCUGCGUUCGGGAGGUUUGCAGGGCGGUGGUGGUGGUGGCAUGCGAGGUGGCAGCGUGAGUGGUGGUGGGGCUGGCGGGGCUAGCCUCGGGGGCUCGGGCAGCGUGGUGCUUGGCCAAGCCGACCCGACACUGUCGCCCUACAUCCUCGACCUGCAGAGCAUGCAACAAUUCCGCCAGGACACGGGGACAAUGAGACCGGUGCGACGGAGCUUCUACGAUCCCUCGGCGGCCCCGGGCCGCGGCGUCGUGUGGGAGUGGGAGAGCGAGGGUGGCGUGUGGACCCCGUACCCCAUGGACGUGUGCGUCACCAUCCAGAACGCGCACGAGAAGCAGCACCCGUGGCUCGACCUGGCCACGCUGGGGCUGCCAAUCCUGCUCGACUUCACGGCCAUGUGCCAGAUCGGGCGGCUCGGCCAGACGCGCCGCCGCGUCCGACGGCGCCUCGACACGCCGUACCCGCUGCUCGUCAUCAACAGCGGCGGCGGCAGCCUGGCCGCGGGGCCUCUCGCCCUGCCCAAGUCGCAGUCGUGGCCCGUCGGAGCCGGACAGGCCUCCGGCGGCCAGGGACACCACGGCGGCCAGCAUCAGCAGAUGCAUCAGCAGCAAAUCCAGCAGCAGCAGCAACAGCAACAGCAGCAGAUGUCGCUGCUAUGCGCGUGUCCUCAGUGUUUGCACCAGCAGCAGCAGCAGCAGAGCCACCACCACCACCAGAAUGUGCAGGGACAUGCCCAGCAGCAGCAGCAGCAGCAAAACAUGCUGGGUGUCACCGCCUACGGGACGGUGACUCAGCGGCCCGCUCUGUCCACCAACAACCUGGCCUCUACGGCCACGGCUGGCAACGUCACGCAUCAUCAGCAGCAGCAGAUGCAAAUGCAGCAGGCAAUGUCCCAGCAGCAGCAGCAACAGCAGAGGAGACGCGAGACAUUCAGCUCGCCGACGAGGCAGACACAGGGGCAGGCCAGGUCAGGCUUGACCGUGAGCAGACCACGGUCACAGCCCGCUCUGCAGGCCAUCGCCGCGGGAUACACGCCGGCCAAUCGCGGCCUGGGGAUGCCGGCUAUCGCCAUGGCCACCUCCGUGUCUGCCCCGAACAACCUCAACCGGCCCGGCGUGAAGCAGCAGAGGAGCGUGGUGGGCUUCACGGGCUCGGCGCGCCCACCAGGGUGGGUGGCAAGCCGCCACGCGUGUCCGCCUGCUUGCCUGCGCAUGGUGCCUGCGCUGCCUGUUAAGAAUCUGGGUGGCUCUGGCCCAAUAAAUCCAGCCCUGGCGGGCAUCACGGGCAUCUUGAUGUGCGCGGCCGGCCUGCCGGUGUUCCUUACGCGUGCGCCCAAGCCCGUGCUGCACCCGCCCUCGGUCAGCAAGGGGGAGCUGCGCGCCGUGCCCGGCGUGUCGGGCUCCUGCCGCAAGAUCAAGAAGAAGCACGCGCGCAAGGGAGGUCGGAGCCCAGAAGAGGUCGUGAAGAAAUACCUGCAGAAGUUGAAGAACCCUCCGGAUGAGGACUGCACCAUCUGCAUGGAGCGGCUGAACGUGCCGUCGGGCUACGACGGGAUGUGCAGCCACGGCAGCGUCAAGUCGGAGGUGGUGGGCCGCUUGGGGAAGUGCGGCCACGCGUUUCACGCGCUCUGCAUGCUCGCCAUGUACGCCAAUGGCAACAAGGACGGCAGCCUGCAGUGCCCGACGUGCAAGACGAUCUACGGCGAGAAGACGGGCACGCAGCCGCCGGGCAAGAUGGAGUACCACGUCAUCCCGUACUCGCUGCCCGGAUACUCUGACUGCAAGACGAUCCGCAUCAUCUACGACAUCCCACCCGGCAUGCAGGGCCCCGAGCACCCCAACCCCGGGAAGAAGUUCACGGCUCGCGGGUUCCCUCGCCACUGCUACCUGCCCGACAACGAGACGGGCCGCAAGGUGCUGAGGCUGCUGAUCGUGGCGUGGGAGCGGCGGCUCAUCUUCACGGUGGGCACGUCGAGCACCACGGGCGAGUCGGACACCGUCGUGUGGAACGAGAUCCACCACAAGACGGAGUUCGGCUCCAACGUGACGGGCCACGGAUUCCCCGACCCCAACUACCUGGAGAACGUCCAGGCCGAGUUGGCCGCGCAGGGCGUCACCGAGGCCAGCCUGGUGGACUGAGCCCGCCGGGGCCCGUUAUGCGGCCUGAACCCACUGGGCCCACCGAGCCAGCGAAAGUGGGGGGGGUGGUCGGAGCGCGGAGGUCCGGUUGGUGACGAGGGGAGGUUGGGGUUGGGGGUGCGUCGCAACUCGUGCGCUCGGGAUGCCGGAUGGCUCCUGUGGAACCGAAGGGUGCGGGCGGUGCGGGGGGGUGGCGGGGAGACGAUGCUCUUCCGUGCACGAGCCUCUGCUCGAGCGCCUGUCGCGCGCCUCUUUUGUGCGCGCAGAGGAUUGUCGCCCGCUGAGAAUCCGCCCGCCAAAGCAUUGCACGCGCGGUGGAGGAGGAGGAGGAGGAGAGCGAGCAAGCGUGAUGGUUUCUCGCGAAGGAGGCCCGCGUGUGCGGUCGUGGCGCUGCGGGGCCGCCCGCAUUGCGAUGCGACAUCUGGGACGCUGUGCUCGCAGAAGCUGAAGUUUUUAAGAUUACGAUGUGCCAUACUAUCAAAGUGAAUAAUCGCCUGGGUCGGCUAAGGUCUCAACAUGCGCGUGUCCAGAUACCUGAUUUUAGCGUGUCAAUUUUUUUCCCGUCUUGAGUUUGGCUUUCGUCAUCGCGAGGUGACUGUUUCUUUUUAUCCCAGCUAUAUCUACAACAUUAUUGUAGCACAACGACAACAACAACUUACAUCUGCACUGCGCCCAUAUCGUAACAAACGUCUCCGUGCGCGUUACACUACACUGCAAGAUUACACCAAUUACGAUCACGCUAUGGUGGUGGUCAAUAAAAUUUUUUUUAAAUGGUACUUUAUCCAGCGGUAGAGCUCACGAAAGAUAAUUUUCCAGAGGGUGGGGAGGGAUGGAGGGGACAUGGCAGUGAACGUGAAAUGUUUUGAUGAGACCCCUCCUCCAUCGACAAGCGUGAACACCGCGUGACUUCUUCACCUCCGAUUGGCACGGCGCGAAAGGAAGACGUCCCACCACGCAACUGGGUAACACGUCGUGCAAGAAACACGCGGACGAGCAGCCGGUGCCCCGUAGCACCUGUGCAUCUGCCCUCAUCAUUCGUCGUGAUCUAUCCACUGCUGGACGAAGGCUGCCCCCCCCCCCCCUCCCACACACACACAUACAAACCUCGCGAUGUAGAAAAUCAACCGAGCGUCUGUGCAUCAGCAGCGCAGGGGUUGUUUUGCACUCGUUUUGAAGAAGAUGAAAAAGCAAAAAAAAACAUUCCGCAUUCAGUUUUCCUUUUCUUUCCUUUGCUGUCACGUGACAAUGUGUCGCGUAAUUUAAAAAGAAAACGACAAAAAACUUUUGGUGAAGGAUAGAAAUUCUGAGUUGGCAGAAGCUCUUAAAAAUGAGACUUUUCUAAACGAGAAAAACUUAACGGAAAGAUGAUACUCGUACAGUAUACCGAAGCCUAACCCCUGUAUAUAUUUUUGUUCUAUGCUCUGUAAUAUACCUUUAAGAAAUGUGACAAUU